AUGGCAAAAGUCUGGGACAAAAGUGAAAACGGGGAUUGGCAUUGCACUGCCAGCUGGAAGACUCACAGUGGAUCGGUGUGGCGUGUUACAUGGGCCCAUCCUGAAUUUGGACAGGUCCUGGCUUCCUGCUCUUUUGAUAGAACAGCAGCUGUGUGGGAAGAAAUAGUGGGAGAGUCAAAUGAUAAACUCCGAGGCCAGAGUCACUGGGUAAAGAGGACCACUCUAGUAGACAGUAGGACAUCGGUUACAGAUGUGAAGUUUGCUCCCAAGCAUAUGGGUCUUAUGUUAGCAACCUGUUCAGCAGAUGGAGUUGUAAGGAUUUAUGAAGCUCCAGACGUGAUGAAUCUUAGUCAGUGGUCACUGCAGCAUGAAAUCUCAUGUAAGCUAAGCUGCAGUUGUAUUUCUUGGAAUCCUUCAAGCUCUCGAGCACAUUCUCCAAUGAUAGCUGUAGGAAGUGAUGACAACAGUCCAAAUAUAUUGGCUAAGGUUCAAAUUUAUGAGUAUAACGAAAAUACCAGGAAAUAUGCAAAAGCAGAAGCUCUGAUGACAGUCACGGAUCCUGUACAUGAUAUUGCAUUUGCUCCAAAUCUGGGAAGAUCCUUCCACAUCUUAGCUGUUGCAACCAAAGAUGUACGAAUUUUUACACUAAAACCUCUAAGGAAAGAAUUGUCGACUUCUGGAGGAUUAACAAAAUUUGAAAUUCAUAUUGUGGCACAGUUUGAUAAUCACAACUCCCAGGUGUGGCGAGUGAGCUGGAAUAUUACAGGCACAGUGCUUGCCUCCUCUGGUGAUGAUGGCUGCGUUAGGCUCUGGAAGGCUAAUUACAUGGACAACUGGAAAUGCACUGGUAUACUGAAAGGUAAUGGGAGUCCAGUGAAUGGUAGUUCUCAGCAGGGAAUUUUUAAUGCCUCUCUAGGUUCAGCCAAUACAAGUCUACAGAAUUCACUAAAUGGAUCAUCUGCCAGCAGGUAUUUCUUUCCCCCUCUGGAUUCCCCACGGGCUGGAUCGAGAUGGUCCAGUCAUGCCCAGCUCCUUCCUCCUCCUCCUCUGAUAGAGCACUCUUGCGAUGCUGACACUGCCAACCUCCAGUAUCCUCACCCUCGCAGACGAUGUGUAUCUCGGCCUCUUAAUCUGUUACCUGAGAAUGAAGGGGUUUAACAUGUUACUUUUAAAGAAACUGAAAGGUCUUAUUCUGGUGUUUGUGAAUGCUUCCAUUUCUGGCUGCCUUUGUAUUUCUUCUCUUGUACAGAAGAUUUUUAAAAGUUUGGUAAAUUCGUGCAUGUUUUGCAAAAACAAACGACAACAUUUGGAACGUGUUAUUUAUGUUUGUGUAGCAAAGGAACAUUUUCAUCUGUACCCUUUGAACUAUGGCAACACAUAGAAACAGUAUGAACCAUGAGCUAUUUAUGGAGUAGCUGACUUUAAUGUGCCUGUCUUUUUUUGUUGUUGUUGUUAUUUUUGGAAUCAGUUUAGUAUGGUCUUGAUUUCUUUGUUUGUUUUUUAUAUUGCACUGAUGAAUGUGAAAUAUAUUCUCAAAAUUAAAUGCCUUCAAGAAGUUGAUGAGUAACUAAAGGAUGAUAUUGGAUCAACUCAUAGAAGAAACAGAACCAUUCCUGUGUAUACUGCAGCAAAAUAGCUUGGAGUGUUUGGUUACUUAAGAAUUUUCCAUUUUGCUGUAUAAAUAUUUAAAUUUUAUAAUUGUGGUUGACUAAUAAACUUGUUCUAAAAGGUUUGUAUUAGUAUGCUUUUUCUUGUAGUGAUUUAACAGGAGCUUUUUUGAUUCAGGUGUCUUCAUAGCUUUGGUUUUAAGUGCUUCUCUGGAUGUGCAGUUGUGUGUGUUUGUUUUUCUAUUAUCCAGGGUGUGCUCUGACUUUUUCUCACAGGUGUGUUGGAGGUCUGCAGAGACUACUGGAGUUGUUGG